AUGCCUCGUGGCGGCCGCGUGUCCAAGUCCGAGCUCCCGAAUGGCAAACCGCCAGCGGAUGAACCCGAGGGUGGCGAUGUAGCCGAGUUCAUGCGCCAGGAGGCCGCUUAUCGUAAGGAGUUCGAGCCCGUAGCGCCUUGGAAGCGUGACAACAUUCCAGACUUCGGCCCACCGCAAGACCGUCAGCACGUGUUCAUCUUCGGCGUCGUGGGCGUCAUCUGCACCAUCCUGUACGAGACCACCGACUAUUUCGACCAAAUCCACCGAUGGCUGGCCUACACGGCUAUAUGGUUUCCUCUAUGGUUCCGUCUUCUUGGUCGCGUAUCACCCGCGCCGACCGAAGACGAGCUGGACGCUCGGGAACGUCACGAGUUCGAGAAGGAACUACAGCAUAUCAUCGACGAGAAAGACGAGGUUGAUAACUAG